UGCGGCCUGGUAGUGUGGAGGGAAGAUGGCGGCUCCUCCAUGGCGGGUGUUGCGGGCGCUGCUGAAGGAGCUGAGGUACCUGAGCCCGGAGAGCGGCCAUUACCGCCGCACCGCCGCCUACAAGUACAUCACCGAGCAGUUCCGCAAGAACCAGGUGACCAGUGAGAAGUUGUGCCGAGCCCAGCAGGAACUGCUACACCAGGCCUCCACCUACCUGUGCUUGCUGCAGAGUGUGCGGCACCACCAGGCCUUGCACCAGGCUUACCACAGCAAGGGGGAGCUCUCGCACCACCAACUGGCACAGCAAAUCGGAUUUAAGCUACCGCAGCAACCCGGGGGCAAAGGCUGGGAGGAGUGAGGAGCACAGAGAAGGUGCCAGCAAGCUGCUUCAUUCCGUGUGGUCCCGGUUUCCGGAGCGCCCUGUUCCCCAGAAGUGUGGCUGACGAAAUAGAUGUAUGACAAUGGAGAUAGACACAAAAUGCUGGAGUAACUCAACGGGUCAGGCAGCAUCUCCGGAUAAAAGGAAUAGGUCGAUACACAAAACGUCACCUAUUCUUUUUCUGCAGAGAUGUUGCAUGACCCGCUGAGUUACUCCAGUAUUUUGUGUCUGCGGGUUAAACCAGCAUAUACAGUUCUUUCCUACACACUUGGGCGCAGUUACUGAAUGAAUUACGAUGUAAUUAAAGUGAAGAGUUUAAACCCC